AUGGAACAUUUUGACGUGGCAGUUGUUGGACUUGGCGUCCUUGGAAGUGCAGCAGCGUACCACGCCGCUCGGAUGGGUAAGAAGGUUAUUGCAUUCGAGCAGUUUGAACUGGGCCAUGUCCACGGAGCCUCCCAUGAUACAUCGCGUAUUGUCAGGACCGCCAACUGGGAACCCGAAUAUGUGGCACUCGCAAGAUCCGCCUACAGAGACUGGGCUGAACUGGAGAAGGACACCGGGCAAAAGCUGCUUACCAUAACUGGUGGACUUGUUUUCCUCCCCAGGAACGCACCGACCCCAUGUGGCAACUUGAUCAAGACCCUGGACGCCGAAAACGUGCCGUACAAGCUUCUCAAUUCCCAGGAAGUGAAAAGACGUUGGCCUCAGUUCAACAUUCCCGACACUGUGGAUGCCGUGUACACCAGCGACACCGGCAUAGUACAUGCCUCCAAGUCAGUUGCAGCCAUGCAAUAUUUGGCACGUGCCAAUGGUGCAGUUUUGAAGGAGUACACCCCAGUCGACCGUGUGACGCCCAAGGCCUCCGGCGCAGGAAUUACAAUUCAGACAACAAAGGGAAAUUUCCACGCAGCCAAAGUAAUCCUCGCAACCGAUGCGUGGACAAACAAGCUUCUCGCGCCUUUGAAAGUUCAUAUCCCACUUUCUGUGAUGCAAGAGCAGGUAACCUACUUCAAGCCCGGAAACACGAGUGCCUUCGAACCAGGCUGUUUCCCUGUCUGGAUUUGGGGUGGCGAUCCAGCCUUUUACGGCUUCCCAUCCUAUGGCGAACCAACUAUCAAAGCGGGUCGCGAUACCUCAAACAAUGUCAUGGCGCCUGAGCAGCGUACAUAUGUGCAAUCACCUCAGUUGCUCGAACAGCUCUCAUCAUUCAUGAAAAACUUUAUCCCUGACAAGGAGCGCCAUCCACUUCGCACAGUUACUUGUCAAUACUCUAUCACGCCAGGACGGCAAUUGAUUAUCAGCCCACUAGAAAACAACCGCGACAUAGUUGUGGGCUUGGGCGCUGCCCAUGCCUUCAAGUUUGCUCCUGCAUUUGGUCGCGCUCUGGCAGAGCUGGCAAUAAAUGGGAGGACUAAGGAGGACAUUUCGAAAUUUGGGAUUCCAAAGGCCGAUAAAUCUAACAGCAAACUUUGA